CGUGUGGCUGUGCUCGUGGCUGUGAUCCUGGCUUUGGCCAUUGCUCUUGCUGUACAGUCGGCAGGCAGACGUGAAGGUCAUCUAGCUCCGGUGCUGGGUUGUCCUGACAACUGGGUUGGGUACCGCGACGUCUGCUACUACCUCUCGACGGAGGAGGGGAGCUGGGUGUGGAGCCAGGAGCGGUGCUCCUCACACGGGGCCUCGCUGGCUGUGCUCCAGAGGGAGUGGGAAAUGGAGUUUCUCUCGCGCCUCAAAGGCAAAGAUGAUUUCUGGCUUGGGCUGCGGAGACAGGGCGAACGCCUGGAGUGGGUGGAUGGCAGCAGCUUCACCCAGACGAUCCUGGUGCGGGGCCAAGGAGCGUGUCUGUAUUUGAAUGACAAUGCUUUAGUGAGUACAAGCUGCUCACAGCAACGGCCAUAUAUGUGCAGCAAGCACUAUGCUCAGAGGUGACAGAGAGAGGACCUUCUCCGUGCUGAGCACUCACAGCUUCACCUCGUCCGCCAGCGCA